AUGGAGGUGUUAACGUUCGGGCUGACAUUUGUUCGACAUGGAGAAACCCAGUACAAUAAAGAAGGCCUGCUACAAGGCCAGGCCAUAGACUGCCCACUGUCUGAGGUUGGACUGCAACAGGCUGAGGCAGCAGGUCGCUACCUGAAAGAUGUCAAGUUCUCCAACCUGUUUGUCAGUGACAUGCUGAGAGCGCGACAGACUGCUGAAACCAUUGUGAAGCACAAUAGUAGUUGUGCUGGUCUACAGCUGAUCUGUGACCCUCUACUUAAGGAGAAGAGCUUUGGGAUAGCCGAGGGGAAGCGAUUACAAGAUGCAAAAGAUAUGGCCAAGGCCGCUGGUCAGUCAUUGGCUGUCUUCACUCCUCCGCAAGGAGAAACUCCAGAGCAGGUCAAGCAGCGCGUCAAAGAUUUUUGGCUCAAAAUGGUCCAACAAGUCGGAUGCGAACACUGGCCGGAGAGAGGCCAAGACGAGCGUUCUUCAGCGGACGAGCUUCCAGUCCACGCCUUGGUGGUCACCCACGGGGCCUACUUGUGUGUGACCAUGCGUUACUUGGUGGACGAUUUAAUGUGCCCUGUGCCCGAGGGCUGUAGCAGAGCAGGCAUGUUCUCUCUGAGUCCUAACGCGGGUGUCAGUCGCUUUGUGCUCACCUUGACCAAAGAGGCCGACCAGACUUUUAAAGUGUUAAGUAUUCGGUGCUUGUUUGUCAACAGAGGAGAUCAUGUGCAAAUAUAG